AUGGUGCAAGGUAAGAACACUAGUGAGUUCGGUUGGAAUGAUCAAAAGCACAUGGUGUAUGCUGAAGAUGCAAUUUGGGAGUCAUACUUAAUUAGUCACAAAGAAGCUGUCCCUUUUAGAACAAGAAACUUUAGGUUUUAUAAUGAGUUAUCUGCAAUAUAUUCUAAAGAUCGUGCAACUGGAAACGAUGCACAGACAGCAGAUGACGUAGUUGAAGAAAUACAAGAUGAAGAACAGAAUGAUAUAAGAGCUGACACAGAAGAUAGUGCAUUUGUUGGUUUAGAUGAUAUUGAUUUAACGAGUACACAACCUGAGCCACAAAAUGAUGGUAGAAAAGGAAGCAAUUCAAGUAAGAGAAAGAGGAGCCAUGAUGAAGCUAUUGAGAAUAUGCUUAAUGCUGCGAAGCUAAUAAGCAAUACAAUGUCAGAGGUUGGUACGAAUUUGUCUGAUGGUCUUCAAUAUGAUCGUGAUAUGGAUAUGUUUCAGAAGCUUGAACGUGCAUUAAAAGAGGUUGAUGGUUUGGCAAAUGAUGAAAUGGACCUUGUUUCGUUUAAGCUCACUGAUCAUCCUAAUAAAGUAGCUUUCUUUCUCAGCCUUGAUCCUGAUCGAAGACUACAAUGGAUCAGAAGAUUCCUUGCUAUCAAUUAA